GCCGUUCACUUAGCGCACUCUUGUUUAGAUCGUGAAACAUUGCGCGCGCACACAAAACAAAACUUUUUUUAGAAAAAUAUAAAAUCGUGAUGGAGAAAGAGCACCAGCCAGAUUCUAUGGCUACUAUUACCAUGAAACCGGAAUAUCCGCCAUCUGAAGUUUACAGUGCUUCAGAACCGCCACCGGCCUACCGUCAGAGAGUGUCUUCAUCGGUGCAAAUUGCUAGAAUCGCCGCGCUUACUGUGGUAGCGGCGUCUUUCAUCCUCGGGUCGUUUAUCUUGGCAUCUAGCUGGGUCUCAGCGCGCGCAUCAUGCCACCAACUCGAACAGUUGGACGCCAUGCUUGACAAAGAGCUGGCAUUAGAAGGAAGGUCGUACGGAAAUGACGCUUUGAUGCCCGAUGAACCCUUGCCUGUAGCAAACGCGCAUGCUCUCCAUGCUCCACCGCCACCAGCACAAGAAGAAUUAUCGACUCCUGCGCAGAAGCCAGUUGUCGCUUCUCCAGAUAGUUUGCUGAAGGAGGAUCCUCUCAACCAUGCCGAAUCUAAAGUCGAUGAAGAUAAACUACAGAAAAUCGACAAUGACAAAGCUGACGCUAGCUCUGGCAGCGACGAGAGCUCCGAGUCUGACAGCUCUGCCGAGGAUGACGACGACGAUCUCAUCAGACCUUUGUUCAAGCUGCCUAUACACUUCGACCUGGAUGAAAUCGCUGGUGCCUUUUUGGCUAACACCAAUCAGAAAGGUCGCAUGAACUGCGUUGUAGAACGCCGUCAUGAAGAGCCGAUGGAGAGGAAGUUCCCCUUCAACAUACUUGGUGCCUUCGCUCCUCGUAGCCCGCAGGCUGAGCGUAUCGCCAUCAUCUGUCACGGUGGAGACGAACGGGCAAUGCCGAUGUUCCCCGACCCUCAGUCGCAAGUGUUCGCCUUCCCAUUGACGGGCCCCGUGCGUCUGCCGCAAAAGGCUCCAGAACAGAGAAGACCAUUCCCUAUGCCCCAAAGACCUGCGCCUUUCCCACUACCGAUGCCAUGGGAGUCCUCGGAGGAACAGUCGAACCCUCGUGAGAUGCGUAUCCAUGUGCAGCGUGUGUUCGCUAUUCCAGCACCACAAAACAUGCCUCCUCGUCAAGAAUCCAUGGGACCCUUCGCACCACCACCUCCACCUCAGGAGCAGAACGACCGCGAACAAGAUGAGAUGAACACUCAGCGUCAGGUGCGAGUGAUCGCCAUUCCCGCCCCACACAACAUGCCCCCCGCGCCCGAGAACAUGGGCCCCUUCCAGCCUCCUCCGCCACCACAACACCAGGACCAAAAUGAGCAGCAGGCCGUUCUACACCAGUUCAUACCUCAAUCGGCUCCCACGCAGGAAAUGGAACAACCCGAAGUACAAAAGAUGCAAAUGGAAGGCAGACCUGUCCAAAUGAACCUGCCAUGGAAUCUAACUCCCGAAGACCUGCACAUGAUCCACCGCACAGCUCAGGAAGCCGUUGCAAGCCAGCGCCGCGAUCAGCAGAUCGAUAAUGACAUGCAAGAGGUGAAGACCAUAGUAAACAGCCUUGCAGCGGCCGAGGCGGAGGCGGAGCAGGCUGAGCAGGCUGAGCAGGCGCCGCGAGCCCCGCGCACGCUGCUGCUGCCUCAAGACAUGCCGCUUGAUCAGCGUCCUCACUACAUGCAGCCUCGCUCUGUACGCAGUGUUGAUUCUCAGCUCAACAGCGAAAAGCGCGUGAACCGCUGCGCGUGCAACUGUCGCUAAUAGCGUCCAGCCGCGCUGUAGACGCAUAACAGUUGCGCUGCAAUCGCGCUAUAAUCACGCUACAUUUUCCGUCCAUUCCUCAAAAAUUGUUUUAUAGUACGGUUUCGGUUAAUGUAAAUAAAAAUGUUAUCUUUUCAAAUCCCGUUCUGUUUCUUUCGUAUUUCAUGUAUCAUAUUGUAUUAAUUAUUUUAUUGUAGAUCAAAUGACGAAAAUGAAAAGAUUGUAAGUAAAUAAUGUAAGCUUAUAAGCAUUUAGUAUCAGAACUCAAAGAUUUGUGGAUUAUCUUUGUGUCAUAAUGACCGUGCCGUUUAAGUAUCUGUCGGGGUAUUGUGGGCCGUAAUCUAACAUUAAAUUAAAUUAAACCUUUUUUUGUGAUCCUAAAUUAAAUUGUAAGAAGUUUAAACUA